AUGGCAACCCACUCCAUUUUCCUCUCCUUUUCUCCUCCGAGCUCUGGGCAGGACAAGAGGAAGGAAGCCAUGGGACGUAGGGAUGAGUGUAACCAGAAGCACCUCAAGGGCUGGCUGUUUCUGUUCUUAUAUGGACUAUAUCAGGCAGUAGUAAUCUCCAAAGCUAUAAUAUUCAGUGACUCUCUCCUAUAUCCUUCGUCCCCUCCCAGGAAUAAGGGAAGAUGUGCCAGGCUGUGGAAAAUAUCCUAUGGAGGUUUGUUGAAGAUGGCGACUGGCUCCCUGUUGACAGUUUAUGAAGUCAGUUGCAUUAAAGGAGGGUUGACAUUGAUGAACAGGGAGCUGCCACCAAGGUUCAUGUACCCCAAAGAGUGGCAGCACCUCACCAUGUUCAUCCUCCUCACUCUCAAUGGCUGUGUGGACUUCAUGAGCAAGAACGUGCUGCCUCAGAGGUGUGUGGGCCUAGAAAAAGGUACCCUGGUCCUGAUCAUCUACGAGCUCCUGCUGCUGAUGGUGUCACAUGCUAAAGACUCAGAAGGGGUGGAGCUGCAUGUUCACUCUCUGCUCAUUUUGGUGGUGUUCCUGCUGUUGCUGGUGUUGACUGCAGAGCUGUGGGCUCCCAACAUGUGUCAUCUCCAGCUGAUGGAGACCUUUCUGAUGCUGAUGAUGGGCUCCUGGCUGAUGCAGGCAGGCUUUAUUCUAUACAGACCUGUCUCUGGCUACCCAUGGCAAGACGAUGACAUCAGUGACAUCAUGUUUGUCACCACCUUCUUCUGCUGGCAUGUGAUGAUCGAUGCCUCAUUCCUGUUGGGAAUCUAUGGCUUCUCUUCCUUUUGGUAUCAUUGUUACAAUCCCAGCUUGAAGCUGACUGGGCCCAAAGAAGCUCCGUAUUACGCAAGCACUCCAGGACCCCUCUACAAGUUGCUACAGGAAGUGGAGCAGUCAGAGAAAGAGGACCAGGCUCUCCUCCUGGCAAAGUGCUUCCCCUGA